CGAACUUGGAUGCGUUCAGUCGCGACGCGCACUCUACAGAGCGUUCACGUCCGCGACCGCCAUCUUUUUUAUUUACGAACGCGACCAUUCGAACACGAAAGCGCGGGAACUCCAACCGGAUUAUUAUUUAAAAAAAAACUUAAAUUUUUUUUUUGUUAUCUAGCUCUUUUUUUUCUAGCCAGUGUUUAUCUAUGAUGUAGAUUUGAAAAGUUGUGAAGUUCGUAAUUGGCGGGUUAAUGUGUGCGAGUGAGAAGGGAGAUAUGGAAAGCCCGGGCGAGGAAACGGGACGGGUGCCCCCGCACACCCCCGCGACGCAACCGAACGGGUCCAAUAAGAUAAUCGGACGCAAUGUGAAUGGGACCAUGGUCGUGACGUCAGCGCCUGCUAACGAAGCCGAGCUGCAGUUAUACAGGGUGAUGCAACGUGCCAGUCUACUCGCCUACUACGACACGUUAUUAGAAAUGGGAGGCGACGACGUCCAACAGCUUUGCGACGCGGGAGAGGAGGAAUUCCUAGAAAUAAUGGCUCUAGUGGGCAUGGCAUCGAAACCACUCCACGUGAGGCGGCUCCAAAAAGCCCUGCAAGAAUGGGUGAACAAUCCAGCGUUAUUCCAAAUUCCCAUCGUCCCAAAUUUGUGCCCCUCAGAAAACCCUUUCUUACCAUGCAACCAAAGACUAUUGAACAUCCCACCCAACAUUCCUCAUCUACCUCGAACAGUAGCAUCACCUGAUAACGACAGACCAAUGUACAGCCCUUCACCUGGUGCUCCAGAAAACUCUUGCAGUUCAAAUACAUCUGCUCCUAACGCAAGUCCUGUACAUAGUCAAAGCACGUUUACUAAAAUAGUCCUUCCCGUAUCACCUGCGCCCACUGCCCCAGUAACCACCACUACCAGGUCCUUUUCCCCCCAAAGCGCAUGUCCACCAGCAUCCUCUGGUUCUAGUCCGAGCUCAGUGACCUCUCCUGUACAUUUAACACCAGUUUUAUUAGACGUUCACGUACAAAAGUUAGCAGCUGCAGCGGAAAAGUUAAGCAAACAUUUACCGCAGUUAGAACCGAAACCACAGAAUACUAAAAAGAAGAUGUGUAAAGACUUGGAGUUAGUGAUGAUGAUGCCGGAAACCGAUCCGAGAAGGAUGGAGGAGAUAAGGAAGUACGCAGCGAUAUAUGGAAGGUUUGACUGCAAACGGAAGCCGGAGAAGCCUUUGACGUUGCAUGAGGUGAUGGUAAACGAGGCAGCCGCUCAGAUGUGUCGAUGUGUACCCGCGCUGCUGACGCGGAGAGACGAGCUGUUCCCACUGGCCAGACAGCUCGUGAGGCGCGCUGGUCUGCACUACUCCAAGCAUGGCCUCCCACCAACUACUGCGAGUGACGACCGCGAACGGGAUGAUGACGAGACACCUAGCAAACGGCCGCGGCAGGACGGAGACGACGGUAAUGGAGUCAGGGCUAGUCCAGAGGCUGCAAGGAGUUCUAAUCAUGGCUGGUGGGGCAUGAAGACAGAGAGCGAUGACGCCGACUCCAGGUGUUCAUACUCCAGCACCAGCACUCCGCCGCCCGAAACUGAUGAAUCUCGUCCACAAGUGGUAGCAGCGCGAGGUGACAGCAUCAUAGCGGUCGCUAAUCCUGCGCUACAGCCUCCUCACCCCGCCAGGAAUCAUUCCAACUGACCAGUGCUGCCAGAGAGGUGACACAUAGCGGUCACCAACCCCCGCAUCCCGCCAGGAAUCACUCCAACUGACCAGAGGGGGCAGCCAAGUAACACGUCAUAGCGGUCGCCAACCCCGCGCUACAGCCCCCGCAUCUUGCCAGGAACCAUCGCAACUGAUCAGUGAGGGCAGCUUGAUGACGCAUAGCGGUCGCCAACCCCGCGCUUCAGCUUCCGUACCCCGUCUGGUACCACUUCAACUGACUAAUGAGGACAGCAAGGUGACAUAUAGUGGUCGCCAUAUUCAGUAGCCGCGCUACAGCCCCUGCACCUUGCCAAGAACCACUCCAACUGACCAGUGGGGGCAGCCAAGUAACAGGUCAUAGCGGUCGCCAUCCUAGCGCUGCAGCCCCCGCACCCCGCAAGGAAUCACUCCAACUGACCAGUGCUGCCAGAGGGGUGACACAUAGCGGUCGCCAACCCCCGCACCCCGCCAGGAAUCACUCCAAUUGACCAAUGGGGGCAGCCAAGUAACACGUCAUAGCGGUCGCCAACCCCGCGCUUCUGCCCCCGCAUCCCGCCAGGAAUCACUCCAACUGACCAGUGGGGGCAGCCAAGUAACACGUCAUAGCGGUCGCCAUCCUAGCUCUGCAGCCCCCGUACCUCGCCAGGAAUCACUCCAACUGACCAGAGGGGGUAGCCAAGUAACACGUCAUAGCGGUCACCAUCCUAGCUCUGCAGCCCCCGUACCCCGCCAGGAAUCACUCCAACUGACCAGAGGGGGUAGCCAAGUAACACGUCAUAGCGGUCACCAUCCUAGCUCUGCAGCCCCCGUACCCCGCCAGGAAUCACUCCAACUGACCAGAGGGGCAGCCAAGUAACACGUCAUAGCGGUCACCAUCCUAGCUCUGCAGCCCCUGCACCUUGCCAAGAACCACUCCAACUGACCAGUGGGGGCAGCCAAGUAACAGGUCAUAGCGGUCGCCAUCCUAGCGCUGCAGCCCCCGCACCCCGCAAGGAAUCACUCCAACUGACCAGUGCUGCCAGAGGGGUGACACAUAGCGGUCGCCAACCCCCGCACCCCGCCAGGAAUCACUCCAAUUGACCAAUGGGGGCAGCCAAGUAACACGUCAUAGCGGUCGCCAACCCCGCGCUUCUGCCCCCGCAUCCCGCCAGGAAUCACUCCAACUGACCAGUGGGGGCAGCCAAGUAACACGUCAUAGCGGUCGCCAUCCUAGCUCUGCAGCCCCCGUACCUCGCCAGGAAUCACUCCAACUGACCAGAGGGGGUAGCCAAGUAACACGUCAUAGCGGUCACCAUCCUAGCUCUGCAGCCCCCGUACCCCGCCAGGAAUCACUCCAACUGACCAGAGGGGCAGCCAAGUAACACGUCAUAGCGGUCACCAUCCUAGCUCUGCAGCCCCCGUACCCCGCCAGGAAUCACUCCAACUGACCAGAGGGGGUAGCCAAGUAACACGUCAUAGCGGUCACCAUCCUAGCUCUGCAGCCCCCGUACCCCGCCAGGAAUCACUCCAACUGACCAGAGGGGGUAGCCAAGUAACACGUCAUAGCGGUCACCAUCCUAGCUCUGCAGCCCCCGUACCCCGCCAGGAAUCACUCCAACUGACCAGAGGGGCAGCCAAGUAACACGUCAUAGCGGUCACCAUCCUAGCUCUGCAGCCCCCGUACCCCGCCAGGAAUCACUCCAACUGACCAGUGGGGGCAGCCAAGUAACACGUCAUAGCGGUCGCCAUCCUAGCUCUGCAGCCCCCGUACCCCGCCAGGAAUCACUCCAACUGACCAGAGGGGGCAGCCAAGUAACACGUCAUAGCGGUCACCAUCCUAGCUCUGCAGCCCCCGUACCCCGCCAGGAAUCACUCCAACUGACCAGAGGGGCAGCCAAGUAACACGUCAUAGCGGUCACCAUCCUAGCUCUGCAGCCCCCGUACCCCGCCAGGAAUCACUCCAACUGACCAGAGGGGGUAGCCAAGUAACACGUCAUAGCGGUCACCAUCCUAGCUCUGCAGCCCCCGUACCCCGCCAGGAAUCACUCCAACUGACCAGAGGGGCAGCCAAGUAACACGUCAUAGCGGUCACCAUCCUAGCUCUGCAGCCCCCGUACCCCGCCAGGAAUCACUCCAACUGACCAGAGGGGGCAGCCAAGUAACACGUCAUAGCGGUCGCCAUCCUAGCUCUGCAUCACCACACAGCAGCUUCAUAGUUAGGUUCACAUUGGACCUGACUACAGCCCAUCCUGAUUUCGUCCCAUUCGAUCCCAAGGACAACGUUAUCGUCAGAACGCGCUAAAGAAAACCGCACAUAAGGGGCCCCGGUCGUGCUUUCGCCUGGACCCUUACGGGUCCGAGAGAAUAACGUAAUCGCGCUGUCACUGUGUGUGUGCCAAAUGCCAUAACAGUUUCGUUUAGGCCCAGUACAUUGGAGUCCCACGUCGGGCGCCAAUUGAUCAAUGCCAAUUGCCAAUCUUGACAAUAUCAAUACAAAUCAUGCCCACCUACCAUCAUGUUUCAACAAUACCCACUUUGACUGCAUUUUCGCGUUGGACAGUCAGGAUGAUUUAUAUCAUUAUUAUCAGCCAAUUUAUUUAAUCCAAACCGCUUGACCACAAUCGCAGCUAUAAGUAUCAAUAAGUCCAGAUGUGGCUUAACGAAAAUUUAAGUUAUUCAAGACAAUGACACCAUCUUAGAUAUGGAAACGGGUAAAUAGGUACAAGCGAAAAAUGGGAUCUUGGUAUUUUUAAAUAAAUCAGAGAAAGAAGAUUCCGACAAGGAAAUACAUUCCAUCACAUAAAUAUAAAAUCACAAAUAUUGUUGUAAAUAAUGAACAUAGUUUAUAGAUUAUUUGGAAGCCAUAUAUGCCUUUUAGUCAUUAUUUAUGUAAGUCGUUUAAUACUAUAAGGUUGUAUAUAAUUGAAUGACGAACUUAAUAAGAAAUUUUAAAAGUUUCAAAAGUGUUUUUUAUUUAUCUACUUAGUUACUUAUUUAUAAUUUCAUUUGUAUAUACAUUUUUGUAUAUGUUUCUAAAAAUGCACAUUUUUUGGAAGUCUAUAAAAUAUUGCUCAAAUUGCGGUAAAUGUUUUUUCUAGGCCACAUUCUUACCUAUAGUCUAGCAAGUUAGUUGAUGACACUCCCAUGAUAUGCGGUCGACGGGGGGAAUGACUGCGCGGAUGUGAAACCAUCCGUACGGGGAAGUGAUGUGCAUCAGUCGUGGGUUUUUCAUUCAUAGCUACACGCCCCCCGGCCCGCGCGGACUAUCGGGAGUGUUACGAACGAAGUUGCCAAGCUAUAGGAAGAACUGGAUUUUUAGAAACUUUUCUUAAUUAACUUGCCUUAACUCAUGGAUUUCAUCAUCAUCUUCUAUUGUUCAGGUUUUCAGGUUCUAUGAGUGCAACUUAAAUUUGAAAAUAUCAAUUGUAUUGUUGAUUUUAAGGCUUUGUAUUUGUCUUUGUCAGAGGUAUAUCAAAGAAUUCUAACUAACCUUCACAAGUUUGAUUUAAUCUAUUGUUAUUGAGUAUUUUGUAUUUAAUAUUAUUUUAUGUAAAUUGUGUUGGUACAUUUAUUAAUUUAAUUAUUACAUUUUAUUUUCAUGACAUUUUGACAAGCAAUACGUUUAUAUAUGACAUUUAAAAUUUUAUUUUAAAACAUACCUUCACAAUUAAGUUUAAUUUUUAAUUACUUGUGUCUUUCUAAAUUGUUGUACGCCAUAAAUGGUCAAAUGCAAUGAAUGAAUAUUGUUAUUCUGUGUACUCUCAACAAAUAAAUGAAUAAAUAAGUCCUGUGAUACACCGGUGUCUGACAUGGUUUAUAGACGUGGGCAUUAGUCCUGACAAAUAUAUAUUAUAAUAUGACGAAGGUCUGGCUGUAACAUACUCUCAAACUACUCGUACUAGCACGGAUAUGAGAAGUAAUGGGAUGGCUGAUAUGACUGUCUUUCUAACGGAACCAGAGCGUUAGCCCUCAUUCGCACGAGAGUUUUCUUAACGCACGUUAAAAUAGCGUUCAAAUACAACAAACGCAUUCUAAGUGUAAUAUGUUCAUACGACAUUGUUUUUAUAACACGACGUUUUUUUUCGAGCAGUGUUGCAUUUAAAUUUUGGGCGUUGGAAAUAUUAUUUAUUUAGCUUUAUAAUAUAUUUAAACAACUUCAUUUAGCUUUAUAAUAUAUUUAAACGCUUUAUAACGCACGUUAAAAUAGCGAUCAAAUACAACAAAUGCAUUCCCAAGAAUAGUUAUCCAAGUAUUUGGACGCUUUUUUAUCGAGCAUUGUGGCAUUUUCAAUUUUGGGUGUUGGAAAUAGACCAUGAAUUAAAUUAAGAACGUAAAUAAAAUCGCCAACGCUCAGUUUUAACGUAACGCUUUUUUAAUUCUCGUGCGAAUGAGGACUUGGCUAGUUUAUGUUAUGUGCGUACUAGCUUUGAAUGACUUUGUCACAAAUUCAACCGUGGAUAUUCCGUACACUCAUGUUCCUAGUAAAUAGACCAGCUUUCCGGUUACGUUAUUUAUAACUCUCGAUUCAAUAUGUAGAUUAAAAUGCGUUGAAGUCACAGCAUUAGUAAAAUAUACGCGCUACGAAUCGUAAUACUACGUAGCACAGACUAAAUGUGCUGGAUAGACGGAACUAAUUUGAAAUUUAAUCUAUCAACUAAAAAUAUCUAAUAGAAAAUGUUUGCGGAAAAGCAAAACCAAGUAACGCAUUUUAUAAUAUUUUCCUUGGUAUUAGUCACGUAACUUUGCGGCAACCCUUUAAACUUUGUUGUCGUUUUUGUAUGUAACGAAUAUACUCAAAAACAACUAGACCGAUAUGAAAAAUUCUUUCACCUAUUAGAAAAUUACACUGUCAGGGAGUAAUAUAGGCUAUACCUUUAUCCGUAUUCCCACGGAAAUGGGAAAUAUGCUGGUGAAACUGCGAGGUUCAGCUAGUAAUACAGACGGCCUGGAUUUGAUACGAUAGCGCACCUCUAGCGCUAUCUAUCUUUUUUCUUACUCUUUGUGAUGUUCACUAAUUUAUUAGGAUUUAUAAGAUUAGGUGAUGCAAUGAUGAGUCAAAUGGACCAUUUUAUUUGUAUUCAUAAACACAACCUUUACCUUGCUAACUCGUACAAAGUUAAUCUUUUAAAAUCUUAUUUUUUUUUAUAAAACAAUUCCAACACUGUACAAAGCCUUUAAAUCAAAAGAUAUAAUUAUUAUAAUGUAAUUAUAAAUUUUAGAUUUACCUAAUAUUAAGGUUGUAAAUAUUCCCUGUAAACAUAAGAAAUAAGUAGAUUAUUAGGAAUUAUGUAUAAUUAUUUGUGCGCCAUAGUGUGUUGUAAUUAUUAAUAUGUAUAAAUAAAUAACACAGUUGUAUACAUUUUGUAAUUA